GGUCGAAUGAGCCCCUCCCGGAUUUCAUUCAGAGAAUGCAGGACUACACAGCCGCACUCACCCAGGUCAAGGAACAGCAAGAGGCUGCCACAGCCGAAAGACUAUGGCUAGCAGAGGAGGCUGCAGCACAAACCCGACGUCAAGCCGAGGCAGACCGGUUGGUGAUCGAUCAGCUCAACGCCGGCAGCGCUGAACGUGUAAGUGCUAACCAAGCACAAUGGACAGCGGUGCUCAACGGGAUGCGUUAUGUCCCGGUACCCAGCAGCGAGCCGACAACAGUACAGCAGGAGAGGCAAGACCUGACAGAUAUUCUACUCCAUACAAUGCGCGCCGUCAUUUGGAACAGCACCAUGGGGGAGCUGCAUUCCCACUCCACACUGCAGCAGCAGCACGAUCUGAGCCGUAACGUGAAGAUACUUGCAGCAGCUGUCAAGGUCGCAGACAACCAGCUGAAACAGCUAGAUGCACGCAUUGCUACCUUGGAGGCAAGGCCUCCCCAAGCAGCGCCAGGCUGCACGACAGAUAUGACAGACAUGACGAAGCAGCUCAAUGGGCGCAUCGAUCAUCUCGUCAAUCUCAUCGGCGAUAUAGGUGUUUUCAAUGGGCCGGACACGAUCAGUAGCACGGUGGCCGCCAUCAAGACGGACAUCACCAAGCUGCAAACAAAACCGGACGUCGCCGCGAAGAAUUACAAGAUGCCGCACUUCGACAUCAGCAAGUUCGACGACCACAACAAGACGGGCGCUUUGGCAUGGUGGCAACGUUUCCUCAUGGAAGCAUCAUGCCGCACUGUCCCGGCCGACGACAUGAUGAAGGCGCUAUACUUACAACUGAUUGGAGGAGCGCAGGCAUGGAUGAACCAUCUGGCGACUACCCACAAAUGCACCAUCGCUGAACUCCACACGCACCUCACGUGGAAAGAGUUCGAGAAGCUAUGGUUCACCCGGUUCAUGGUCCGCAACGUCGUGAAGGCGGCCAUGAACGAGGUCGUCCUCAUCUACCUUGAUGACAUCUUGGUUUACAGUAGGGCGUUGGACGAGCACAUCGUACACCUUCGCGUUGUUCUGGAUCGUUUGCGACUCGCCAAGUACAAAGCGAAUCUCGACAAGUGCGAAUUCGCCARGCAAGAGCUUGAGUACUUGGGUCAUUUUGUCACGCCGAAAGGCAUUCGUCCCUUAGCGGACAAGAUCCAAGCCAUCGUGGAUUGGCCGGAACCCCGUUGCACGACGGAUGUACGCUCUUUCAUGGGUUUGGCUGGAUAUUAUCAGCGAUUCRUCGAGUCAUACUCGAAAGUGGCYGCUCCUUUGUCGAGACUUCARUCCCCGAAGGAGGCCAACGAUAGGGCUGCCGCCGCGGCCAAGGAACGUAAUCGGCUUGAACAAGAGGAGGAGGCCAAGCGACAGAAGGAGGAACAGGACCGACUUCGUCAAGAAGAGGCAGACCUGCAGGCGGCAGCCGAACACCGGUCACGCCAGCAGGAACGACUGUUCACGCGGGAGACCGUGAUCGGCGAUGAGGCCGCACAUUGGGUGGAAGAGGCAUCUGCAGACGGGGCCCCGGAAACUGAGAAAGGGCUGUCAUCCCUUGCGCAGGUCUCCCACGACCUCGUGGCCACCUGCCCUCUGCAGCAGGAGGAAAUCCUUCACCUGCAGCAGACAGUGGACCAGAUGGUCGCAUGGCUGCAGGCGUUGGAGAAACAGCCAGCUGCUGUAGCAGCCGCAGGGCCUUCCAACCUUACCACCCGUGUGCAAGUUUUGGAGGAUGACGUCAGCAACAUCAAGCGUGUGCAUCAGAACUUCAGGACGUCGCGGCAAGCAACGAACUCGCAGUUGGAGACGCAGGUCCAGGCUGCUGCCACCGUGACGCCCGCCGCCGCAUCCUCCCAGCGCCCACCCAAACUGGAUGACAUUCCAGUUUUCUGUGAUCAGUCCAAGACGGAACCGAUCUCGUGGUGGCGCCAGUUUACUCUCAGGCUCGACAUGCACCAUGUCUCGAACAACGAUCGACAUCCGUGCUUGUACCACCGAUCUGGUGAUGCGUGUCAAGCAUGGUUGGACAACGUCUUGACUAGCAACGACGUAGCAGUGUCGGAACUGCACACCAAGCUCACCUGGAAGGAGUUGACCAACGUCUGGCACAAGCGAUUCCAAGUGGAGCCGCCCGACCUGCAAGUGAUGGACAAGCUCAACAAGCUCCAUCAGAACACGCUGCUCAGUCAGGACCGGAUUACCGAGUUCCAAAGACUCACCUCCACACCUGACCUGCCGCUCGCAUUCCGCGCCAUCGAGCACUUGUUUAUCAUGCGCUCGUGUCCAGCUCUGCAAAACGCGCUGACGCAGAUUGCAGAGACACUCGACACAUCUGAAAAGCUUUUCAACACAGCGUCACAGAUCAUUCUCACGAAUAUCGAAGCCCGCAACGCCGGCCGAUCUUCCGCGACGACGAGCGGCACCCAGCCCAAGCCAAAGGUGGCUUGCAUUACUUCUACCGAGGCUGCAACACCAAACGAGGGUGAAGUGUUGGCAGCUGCCCGGGAUGGUGGCCGGCCACGCAACAAUCACGGCUGCGACAAACAAAAGACUCAGUCCACCUCUACACCGAGCACCGGAUCAGCCGUCGACAAACCUUGGGCACAAUGCGAACUCUCGGCGAAUUCUUAUCGCACGAGACUCAAGUACCACGAAGUCGUGGUGGGGGACAUGCUUGGCUACGUUGCCAAGGUGGCCCACGAGUUUGUCUCGCAACGGUACGAAGAAAACAACGCACCGUUGCUCUACGUUCGCAUUCAGAUUGGGCAAGCGGCCUACAACGCUUUGCUAGAUUGCGGCGCAACUCGCAACUUCAUCAGCCAGUCCUUCAUGACUCGGGCUGGCCUUGGCGCACAAGUACGGAGGAAGUCACAUCCGACGACGGUUGCUCUUGCCGACGGUAAGACGAAACAACUUUUAGACCGUUACAUCUCGGUUGUCCCGGUGUACUUUGCACUGCACGCAUGUGAGCCCGUCACUUUUGACGUGUUGGACCCCGACUUCGAUGUCAUUUUGGGGGUGCCUUGGCUUUCUAGCGCGGACCACACGGUCAAUUUCCAUCGACGCACGCUCACGAUUCGUGAUGCAACUGGCGCCGAGGUCCCGUGUACUAUUCCUCCUCCUCGCUCUUCCAUUAGGUGCCAAGUCGUGAGUGCCAAAUCUUUUCGAGACACUUGCCGUUCCGAGCAUGUCGAAGAGAUUGGCAUCGCUUUGCUUCGAACCGUCCCGACGACCGAUUCAUCGUCCACAGAUGUGUCUUCCGACCCCCGUGUGACCCGGUUGUUAGACGAGUUCUCGGAUGUUUUUGAGACACCCUCCGGUAUAGUGCCGGACCGGCCAAUCUCUCACGAGAUCAUACUUGAGGCCGGCGCCGUGCCACCGAAAGGAUGCAUUUAUCGCAUGUCCGAGGAGGAGCUCACGGUUCUCCGUGCGCAACUCGACGAUCUACUUGACAAGGGUUGGAUUCGCCCUAGCAGCUCACCUUACGCUGAAGGUGCACGGCUGUGAUUGCACACCCCGUGGAGAAAUGGAAUUCGCAGAGAGAGCGGCAAGGCUGCAUCCCUCCGACUCCGAUUCCGAGCUCUGCGAGACCCAUCGUCGAACUCUUGUCCAUAGUCGGGAUCCGAUGUACACGCCCGCACCAUUUCAACCAGGAAAGUGGUGCCGCAUUGCCCGCGACCUGUGUAACCGCUCGCUCAUUGAACGCGGGUCCAGCUUUUGGUUAUUGAACGAUUUGAACGCUCGUUCAAUGAACGCGCAUUUACACU